CACGGCUAAAUCUCCUGCACUUCGCUUGGAUUUCUCUUGCAGCGAAAAAGAGGGUGAAAGCCGCUGCAUGACCAAGCAUCAACCAUACUCACUUCGGACACUCUUGCAGUCGACUAAUGAAUUCUGGAUGCCUAGCUGCUUAUACAGCCGUGUGCAUGUCUGUCAUCACCAUAAUCACCAGUAUUAUCUGCGUUCCUGGUCUCUUAAACAAGAUGAAGGAGAUCAGACGAAAACUAGCUGUAGAUGCAGAUGAUUUCAAUCUCAUGCAGCAAGAAAUAUGGUCCGAUCUGCAGACAAUCCGCAAUGAGAUUCCUUUGCAAACUGUAAAAAAACGAAACGCUACGGUUGCAUGCGUGUGCAAGUAUGGAUAUUCGUGCCCUCCUGGCGAAAAAGGCAGACCGGGCAUUGAUGGUUCAAAUGGUAUACCUGGUCUACCUGGUGUACCGGGCGAAGUUGGUGCUCCAGGUGUUAUACCAGGGCAGUCAGGUAAAUGCAGAAUGUGCCCUCCAGGACCACGUGGAUAUGCUGCCUUUGCAGGCUAUGUCGGCCUACCUGGACCACAAGGAGCGACUGGCCCUCCGGGAAGUCCAGGUCCAGAAGGUCGUUCAGGCCCUGAUGGCUCACCAGGUUUACCGGGACCCUCCGGAUCUAAAGGAGAACCUGGCGAUGAUGGUGAGGAGGGACUACCAGGAAUGAAUGGAACAUUCUACGAAAAAGGGCCUCGUGGACCAACUGGAGUAAAGGGCAUGGUUGGACUCAGGGGCUGUUCAGGGAUGACAGGACCAUCCGGACACGCAGGUCCUAUUGGGCCCAUUGGAGAGCGAGGACGUGCUGGGGAACCUGGACAGCGCGGAUAUCCGGGAGUCGCUGGAAGAUACGGAGAGGAUGGUAGACCUGGUGAAGAUGGUGGAUACUGUCCCUGCCCUAAUCAGAUUAGUGGUGAUACAAACUAG